GGAAAGCUCGGAGAUGCGAUGGGGAGGGAGAGACUCCUCCAGGGUGUCCCCUGCGACAUGAUGUCAUCUAAUCAAUAUUUUCGGGGGGAGUGACCCGACCCGACCAAUUCCCGCUAUGAAACGGGCUCUAUAUUGGAGCUGGAUGCGACCGAACAGAUCGGGCUGAUAACGGAGGCCUAUAAAAAGCCGGGGGGCCGGCUCGGCCCGUGCUACAUCCCUCCCGCGACACCGCCGGCUGCACAGAGCGCCCAACCCCGUACCGCACCGCCCCUGCAACGCCCGCGGCAACGCCGCCGUCCGACUCGAGCCCGAGUCUGAAUCCGAGGCCGCCGCGGAUGGGGCUUCGCCCCGCCGCCCCCGGCGCUGCCCUGGCGCUGCUGGGGAUCGCAGCCGCCGCCGCCGCCGCCAGGUCCCUGCCGCUGCCCGACGCGGGCCCGCACGUCAAUUACGGCUGGGGGGAACCCAUCCGGCUGCGGCACCUCUACACCGCCAGCAAGCACGGGCUCUUCAGCUGCUUCCUGCGCAUCGGCGGCGACGGUCGGGUGGACGCUGUCGGUAGCCAGAGCCCGCAAAGUCUGUUGGAGAUCCGCGCCGUGGCGGUGCGAACCGUGGCCAUCAAGGGCGUGCGGAGCUCCCGCUACCUCUGCAUGGACGAGGCGGGGCGGCUGUAUGGGCAGCUCAGCUAUUCCAUCGAGGACUGUUCCUUUGAAGAGGAGAUUCGUCCAGACGGCUACAACGUGUAUAAAUCAAAGAAAUACGGAAUAUCGGUGUCUUUGAGCAGCGCCAAACAAAGACAACAAUUCAAAGGAAAAGAUUUUCUCCCACUGUCUCACUUCUUACCCAUGAUCAACACUGUGCCAGUGGAGGUGACAGACUUUGGUGAAUACAGUGAUUACAGCCAGGCUUUUGAGCCAGAGGUCUACUCGUCGCCUCUCGAAACGGACAGCAUGGAUCCCUUUGGGAUCACUUCCAAACUGUCUCCAGUGAAGAGCCCCAGCUUUCAGAAAUGACUCUGAUUGCACACAUGGUUUUAAAGAAAUACCACAGAAUGUUGCAGGUUUUUAGCUUUCUGUGUAGUGAUGUCAUGUCUCAGGAUGGAGACAGUCUUUCCCAUACAAUGUGUUGUACCCAUAAGAGCAGAGUGCCCAGGUGCCAUAUUUGAAAGAAUCACCACUCCAUAGUAUACUUGGAAAAGAAAAAUUAAAUAAGAGCACCUAAAGAAAGUUCCUCCAUUCAGAGCUCCUCCAUUUGUGUGGUGAUGAUAAAAUAUAUAGUUUUUGUAUAUCAAAUUCAUUACCACAUAUGUUCACCUG